AUUAUCGAUUAGGACUCAUUGUUUUGACGAAUCUACUGGAUGCAAUGGCAGAAGCAAACUUGGAUAAAAAACCGGAGGUGAAGCCUCCUCCGGGUCUAAAAGCAAUCAUCGACCACCUGUCGCAGGUGUACCCCGAGCAGCGGAACCCCCUGCAGGUGACCACGCUGCUCAAGUACUGGCUGGGCGGCCAGGACCCGCUGGACUACAUCAGCAUGUACAACUACCCCGGAGAUGCGGAGAGGAACAUCCCACCGCACUGGCACUACAUCAGCUUCGGGCUGAGUGACCUGCACGGCGAUGAGCGCGUCCAUCUGCGCGAGGAGGAGAGCACCCGCUCCGGCAUGGGAUUCGAGCUCACCUUUCGCCUGGCCAAGACUGAGGCCGAGCUGAGACAGCAGAUCGAGAACCCGGAGAAGCCUCAGCGUCCGCCCACCUGGCCUGCCAACCUGCUGCAGGCCAUCGGGCGUUAUUGCUUCCAGACCGGCAACGGCCUGUGCUUCGGGGACAACAUUCCGUGGCGCAAGAGCCUGGACGGCAGGGAAAACUCCAAGUUGCAGAGCCUGCUGGUGGCCCAGGACCCGCAGCUGGGCUGCAUCGAGACGCCCUUCGGUACCGUAGACUUCUGCCAGAUUGUGGGCGUCUUCGAGAACGAGCUGGAGCAGGCCUCUCGCUGGAAUGGUCGCGGCGUCCUCAACUUCCUGCGCCAGGACGUGCAGACGGGCGGUGACUGGCUGGUCACCAAUAUGGAUCGGACGAUGAGCGUGUUCGAGCUGUUCCCCGAGACGCUGCUCAACCUGCAGGACGACCUGGAGAAGCAGGGUUCCGAUCUGGCUGGUGUCAAUGCGGAAUUCACCUUCCGCGAGCUGAAGCCCACCAAGGCGGUGAAGCAGGAGGUGGACUUUCACUCCCUCAGCGAGAAAUGCGCCAAUGAGGAAAACAACCGCCCGCUGACGGAGACACAGCUGAAGCGCGAGGAACCCAGCUUCCCAGUCUCCAUGUCGAUGAGCAGCAACUCUCUACACAAAUCCUGUCCGCUGGAUUAUCAGCCGCAGGCCCCCAACUGCAUCUCCCUGGACGGCAUCGAGAUAACGCUGGCACCCAAUGUGGCGAAGUACCUGCUGCUGGCCAUAAAGGAUCGUAUUCGGCACGGACGGCACUUUACCUUCAAGGCCCAGCACCUGGCGCUCACACUGUUGGCCGAAACUGUUACCGGAUCGGCGGUUAGUGUUAGUGAGCCUUAUGGAGUCCUAGGCUAUUGGAUACAGGUCAUGAUCCCGGACGAUUUGGUCCCCCGACUGAUGGAGGACUUCCGCAGUGCGGGUCUGGACGAGAACUGCGAGCCCAAGCAGCGCUUGGAACUGGAGUGGCCCGAUAGGAACCUAAAGCUAAUUGUGGACCAACCAGAGCCCGUGCUGCCACCCGCUCUGCCCAUGUCCCUGGACAGUGCACCUCCGCUCAAGAUGUGAAGCCGUAGAAGAGCUCUUAGCUAGUAUUAUUAUAAAUUAAUCGAACUGAAUCUUCCACUAACAAGUAAGUUUUACAUUUUGCACAUUUCAUCUAACACCAUACACGUGGUCUGGGCUCCUGCUCCACCCACUUGAAAUAUAUACACACUCAAAAGAA